AUGACUGCCACCGCCGGGGAAGCCCAGGAGGCCUCCAACGGCGGCGGGGAACCCCGGGAGUCCAGCUGGGAUGGUUCGGAGGCUCGCCUCCUGGCGGCGAUGGCAGCAGCGGUCCUGGAGAAAAAUCCCAACACACCUAUGAGCCAUAAAGAGAUCCUUCACGUCAUCCAGAAAGAAGGCCUGAAAGAGAUCAAGAGCGGGACGUCGCCUCUUGCCUGCCUCAAUGCCAUGCUGCACACCAACUCCCGGGGGGAGGAGGGCAUUUUCUACAAGGUCCCGGGAAGGAUGGGCGUCUACACACUGAAGAAGGAUGUCCCGGACGGGCUGAAAGACCUGUCUGAAGGCUCGGAGGAGAGCAGCGAUGGGCAGUCAGAUUCCCCCACUUCGGAAAACAGCAGCAUCAGUAGCAGCAGCAGCAGCAGCGGCGGCGACAGGAGUGGCAACAAGGAAGGGCAGAAAAACAGGUGGCGGCGGAAAGUGACCACCAGGCUGUCUCAGGUCUCCUCCCCGCAGGCAGGCUGCCCGUCUCCUCUCUCAGCAGGUAAAGUCAUCUCGUCCUCUCAGAAGCACAGCAAAAAAGCACUCAAGCAGGCUCUGAAGCGGAAGCAGCAGCGGAAGCAGCAGGAGUGCCGAGCCAGCGGGCCGAUCUCCUCCAACCACCACCUCCUCCAGCAGCAUGCCAAGGCAGCUGGCCACCACGCGGCUCCUGCAAAGCCCGCUUGGGAAGGGAAGCCGUCUGAGGGACCCUCAAGUAGCCCCCCCACCUCUACCUCAAGCUCCUCUCCCUCUGUCAGAGCCGAGCCCUCCCUGCCCGUCCUGGGGAAGAAGCCGUUCCCGCGAUCAGACAGGCUCCAUGCAAGGCAGCUGAAGAGGACGAAAUGUGCCGAAAUUGACGUGGAGACGCCCGACUCCAUCCUGGUGAACACCAACCUCCGGGCUCUGAUCAACAAGCACACCUUCUCCUUGCUCCCCGUGGACGGCCAGCAGCGGCUGCUUCUGCUGCUCCCGGAGGUGGACCGGCAGGCUGGGGUGGACGGUUUGCUGAAGCUGAGCACUUCGGCUCUCAACAACGAGUUCUUCACUUCAGCAGCCCAGGGUUGGAAGGAGCGGCUCUCGGAAGGGGAGUUCACCCCAGAGAUGCAGCUGCGGCUGCGGCAGGAGCUGGAGAAAGAGAAGAAAGUGGAGCCGUGGAAGGAGCGUUUCUUUGAAAGCUACUACGGCCAGAGUUCUGGGCUGAGUCCCGAAGAGGCCAGGCUCCUCACCUCCUCUCCCACGGCGGCUCAGAGAGAUGCCCCCGCCAGGAGCACGGGAACCCUGCUGCAGAAAGGCCCGCCUGCCUCCGUCGCUGGGCCUCCUGGCGGAGAGGAGGCCGGUCCCCCAGCCCGGGGGACCAAGACGCCGGAUCUCUCGGCUUGCCAUGUGGAGCCCGCCGUGGCGGCUCCUGGCAAGGAAGAGGCUGUCUCUCCAGCGCCCUCUCCUGUGGCGCCGCCAGCGCCCGCCAGAGUCGCGGAGAUGCCGGGGCCUCUCGCCGCAGCGGGCGGCCCCUCCUGGAUCGGUGGCCAGGCUGCCUGCAGGCCUUCCUUGGGGGUGAAGGCAGAGGAUGAGCCCCUCCAGGGAGAGCCGGGGGAGGAGGAGGCGCCAGCCCCAGCCAAGAGCUCCAGCCAACCAAAGAGCCCGGCGGCCGGUCCUGGACCCGGUUCUCCUCCUGAGAAAGAGGCCCGGGGGAGGCCCCCCAAGGAGGAAGACGUUGCCGCUGCCCUGGAGCCGAUGGACACCGCUGGAGGCCAGGCGCUCAAGAGGAGGACGGGCGCUCCUGAGGAGGAGGGUCUGGCCACGCCCGAGAAGCGGCCCCUCCUGGCUGAGCAGAGCCCCUCGAGGCCACCUUUUCAGGCCCCCCCACAGCACUUUCCCACCCCACCUGUGCCAAAGGUCCCUCCGCUCAGGAUUCCCAUCUCCAGGAUCCAACGAGGGCCGGCGCCCUUUCCUGCCGGCCAGUGCCCCCCCAGGGCCAGCCCCCCUCUCGCCCUCGGCGGGCCGGCAGCCCCAGCCAGCCUCAACCUGACCCCCAGCUCCUCGGGGGCAACCAGGAGCCCCGCAGGUCCCGCCCGGGCCGCCAGCAGCACCCGCAUUCCUGCCAACAACCCGCUGGUGGCUCAGCUGCUGCAGGGCAAGGAGGUCCCCCUGGAGCAGAUCCUGCCCAAGCCCCUCGUGCUCCGUGUGGAGAUGAAGACGGUCGCGCUCCCCGUGGCGAAGGCAGGCCAGGAGCCACCUGCCACCCCUCGGCUUCUCCCUCCCAGGGACGCUGCAGAAGGACGGCCGCCCCUCCUCUCUUUCCCCUCGGGAGGGAGGGCCCUGGGCUCCCCCCCGGGGGGCAGGCCUGCUCCCGGUUCAGCCUUCUCUCAGCCCGACCAGCUGGGGGCCACUUCUGCUGGCCUGGGCUCCUGCCAGGAAGCUUCAGGGCCAGCAGCCCAGGAGCCGCUCUGCCAAGGCCUGACGCAGAGGGGCACCCCACGGGCUCUGCCGGCUGGCCCUCCCCCGCCUCCCCACCUGCCCGCAAGCCGGAGCUUCGUGCUGGGAUUUGCCGGCAGAAGGACCUCCAGACCGGCCAUGUCCGGACACUACCUUCUGAACAUUUCCACCUACGGGCGCUGCCCGGAAAACCUUCGGAGGAGUCUGGCCGUGCCUCCCCCAGAGAGCUGCCUGGGCCCGGAGGAAGAGGAGGAGGAGGAGGAGGAGGAAGAGCCAGAUGCCGGAGGCAGCAGCGCUGGCGUCAGUGACAAGGAAGAGGGAGGAGAGGCGGUGCCCUGCGAUGCCGAGCACCAUGUAGCCCAUGUGGUGGUACAGGAGGAGAUCCCAGCUCACCAGCAAGGAGAAGCCGGAGACCAAGGGAUCCCCAGAACCGGCGCAGAGAAAGGAGAGCAGGGGACCGGAGGCCGGAAGGAGGGGGGCCGCCUCCUGUUCUCAGCUGGCCAAGGCGACACGGCCGAAAGAAGCACCGUGGCCAGGGACUUCCUCCAGACCACCCAGACUGUGACGGGGGAGCGGAGGCCUCGCCGCACGGAGCUUGGCGCCAGUGCCCCGGUGGACGUGACCUCGCCCCGGCCCCAACUGUUCUCCCCCUCUCCCCCUCCCCGGUUCUUUGGGGGCCCUGGGGCUGCCCCCCAGCUGGUCAGGACCGGCUACAGCGGCACCAUCAAUGUCUCCACUUCUCCGGACCUCCACCAGGAGGCGCUGCUGUCAGGGCUCUCGGACCCCAGCGGCAUGGGGGACGUGGUGUCCUUCUCCGUGACGGUCACCACCAUCCCCAGAGGGCAGGCGAGGAGCGCCAGCGGCGGCCCCGGGCAGCCCCUCCUCCACAGCCAGGCCUUUUCGGAAGACGGGGGCCUGGAGGACCUGCCCUCCAAGUGCUACUGCCGCCUGAAAGCCAUGAUUGUCUGCAAGGGCUGCGGCGCCUUCUGCCACGACGACUGCAUCGGCCCCUCCAAGCUCUGCGUGGCCUGCCUGGUGGUGCGGUAGCGGUGCUUUCGAUGGGAGGAGAGAGAGGAGCGUGCCACCCGUGGGGCAUGGCAAUGCCAUAGGGCCGUCAGGCACCACCAGGGAGGCCCCCCUCCCUGCUGCCCACCCCUCCCCCUUGUGGCUUCGAGAGCGAAGAAAGCAACUUCCGCAGUCAGCUGGGUCCUCGGGACGAGUGUUUGCACUUACAAAAUCAUGUAAAUACGUUGCAUUGUUUUGUCUUAAAAAUUAUUUCUCCGAA